CUUCGACCCACUUAAUAAAUUUUACAGUUCAUCUCUCUCUCUCUCUCUCUCUGUCUCUGCGGGUGGGGGCCUUUUUCCUGCGGUUAGUGAUAAGCACGCUGGCACUCAUCAUUCCCUCCAAACCCUCUCUCUACUUUUUUUUCUCUCUCCCCCCUCUAAAUUUCUCUCUCUUUCUAGACUCGAAAUUGUUUGCUAUUCGUGAACCCCACUUUCCUCUUUGUCUGUCACCUUUUUCAGCCAGUCUCCUUCUGUUUCGCAAAGAUCGAACUGAAUUGGUUUGCUUUGCGUCAUUAGAUUGGAUCUGCCCAUUCAUUCCUUUGUUGUUCUGCUUCGGAUUAGUUUUGUCCACGAAGAGGAUUAUACUCCUAUCUUCGGCCCAAAGUGUGAAAAAACAAACCGCCAAAGACACAGUAUGGCUGUUUCGAUGAGGGAUUUGGAUCCUGCUUUCCAGGGAGCUGGACAAAAGGCCGGAAUUGAAAUAUGGCGUAUUGAAAACUUCCGGCCCGUGCCUGUCUCAAAGUCCGCACAUGGCAAAUUUUUUACUGGGGACUCAUAUGUGGUUUUGAAGACAAUUGCUCUAAAAAGUGGGGCCUUGCGUCAUGAUAUCCACUAUUGGGUUGGGAAAGAUACCAGUCAGGAUGAAGCUGGUGCUGCAGCCAUCAAGACCGUCGAAUUGGAUGCAGCUCUUGGUGGGCGUGCUGUUCAGUAUCGUGAAGUACAAGGCCAUGAAACUGAAAAGUUCCUCUCUUAUUUUAAACCAUGUAUUAUACCUCAAGAAGGUGGAGUUUCCUCUGGUUUUAAGCAUGUGGAGGCUGAGGAGCACAUUACGCGGUUGUUUGUUUGCAAAGGAAAGCAUGUUGUUCAAGUGAAAGAGGUUCCUUUUGCUCGAUCCUCUCUCAGUCAUGAUGACAUCUUUAUACUGGAUACCAAGUCGAAAAUCUUUCAGUUCAAUGGUUCUAACUCUUCUAUACAAGAAAGGGCCAAAGCACUUGAAGUUGUGCAGUACAUUAAAGAUACAUACCAUGAUGGAAAAUGUGAGAUAGCCGCCAUCGAGGAUGGAAAAUUGAUGGCUGAUGCUGAUACUGGUGAAUUCUGGGGUUUCUUUGGGGGCUUUGCCCCACUUCCAAGGAAAACAGCCAAUGACGAGGAUAAAGCUGCUGAUGCAGUUUCUACGAGUCUUUUUCGCGUUGACAAGGGGCAGGCAGAACCUGUUGGGGCUGAUUCUUUGACUAAGGAGCUCCUAGACACAAAACGAUGUUAUCUUUUGGAUUGUGGGCUAGAAGUUUUUGUGUGGAUGGGAAGAAGUACGUCUCUAGACGAAAGGAAAAGUGCAAGUGGAGCUGCAGAUGAGCUUGUUCGUGGCCUCAAUCGUCCAAAAUCUCAUAUAAUUCGGGUAAUUGAGGGAUUUGAGACAGUUAUGUUCCGGUCAAAGUUUGUUUCCUGGCCUCAGGCUGAUGAUGUAGCUGUAUCUGAGGAUGGCAGAGGAAAGGUUGCUGCACUUCUAAAACGCCAGGGAGUUAAUGUGAAGGGUCUAUUGAAAGCUGCUCCUGCAAAAGAAGAGCCGCAACCACAUAUUGACUGCACUGGAAAUCUACAGGUUUGGCGUAUAAAUGGGCAAGAGAAGAUUCUCCUUCCAGCAUCUGACCAGUCAAAAUUCUACAGUGGAGAUUGCUAUAUCUUUCAGUAUUCUUAUCCUGGAGAAGAUAAAGAGGAAUACCUUAUAGGGACGUGGUUUGGAAAGCAGAGUGUUGAGGAAGAUCGAGCUUCAGCUAUCUCACAGGCAAGCAAAAUGGUCGAGUCGCUGAAGUUUUUACCUGUUCAGGCUCGAAUCUACGAAGGAAAUGAACCGAUCCAGUUCUUUUCAAUCUUUCAGAGCUUUAUUGUAUUUAAGGGUGGUCUCAGUGAUGGAUACAAGAAACACAUUGCAGAGACUGAACUUCCUGAUAUAACAUAUACAGAGGAUGGACUCGCAUUGUUUCGGGUACAAGGUUCUGGGCCUGAAAAUAUGCAAGCAAUUCAAGUGGAACCAGUCGCUUCAUCUUUAAACUCCUCUUACUGCUACAUCCUACACAGUGGGUCAACUGUGUUUACGUGGUCCGGAAAUCUUACAACUUCAGAGGACCAGGAACUAGUUGAAAGGCAGCUGGAUCUCAUAAAGCCAAAUCUGCAGUCGAAAACACAAAAAGAAGGUGCAGAAUCUGAACAAUAUUGGGAUUUGUUAGGUGGAAAAUCUGAAUACCCCAGCCAAAAGAUUGGAAGGGAUGCUGAAAGUGAAUCUCAUCUAUUCUCUUGUACUUUCAUAAAAGGUGAUUUGAAGGUGACCGAAAUAUACAAUUUCAAUCAGGACGAUUUGAUGACUGAAGAUAUAUACAUCCUGGAUUGUCGCUCAGACAUCUUCAUCUGGGUUGGGCAACAGGUCGAUUCCAAGACUAGAAUACAUGCUCUAACUAUUGGAGAGAAAUUUCUUGAACGUGAUUUUCUUCUCGAAAAGUUAUCUCAUGAAGCUCCAAUAUAUAUUAUUGCUGAAGGGAGUGAACCGCCUUUUUUCACACGUUUCUUCACCUGGGACUCUACAAAAUCUGCCAUGCAUGGAAACUCAUUCCAAAGGAAGCUUGCAAUAGUGAAAAAUGGGGGCACUCCAAUUUUAGAAAAACCUAAAAGGAGAACACCUGUAUCCUAUGGUGGAAGGUCUGCUGUUGCAGAUAAAUCACAGCGUUCCCGAAGCAUGUCUUUCAGCCCCGAACGAGUACGUGUGAGGGGUAGGUCUCCAGCCUUCAAUGCACUUGCUGCUACUUUUGAGAACCCAAAUGCGAGGAACCUUUCAACUCCUCCCCCAGUUGUCCGAAAGCUAUAUCCAAAAUCUGUGACCCCAGAUUCAGCAAAGUUGGCUUCCAGAUCUGCAGCUAUUGCAGCUUUAACUUCAACUUUUGACCAACGACCACGAGAAAAUAUUAUCCCUCGGUCUCUUAAAGUGAGCCCUGCGGCACCCAAAGAAAAUCCAGAGACAAACUCCAAAGAGAACUCCAUGAGCAGCAGGAUAGAAGCUCUAACCAUACAGGAAGAUGUAAAAGAGGGUGAAGCUGAAGACGAGGAAGGUCUGCCAAUAUAUCCAUAUGAACGACUUAAAAUAUCGUCCACUGAACCUGUUGCAGAAAUUGAUGUCACCAAGCGAGAGACUUACCUGUCUUCUGAAGAGUUCAGAGAGAAAUUCGGGAUGAUGAAGGAUGCUUUCUAUAAGCUACCUAAAUGGAAACAAAAUAAGCUGAAAAUGGCCCUUCAAUUGUUCUGAGUCUCCUUAAUGCCUCUGGUUUUUGUUUCAGCUUCCUGAAGCUCAGAUUGCAGAUAGAGAAAGCAUGGGGUGAAACUUUGUAGGAAAAUUUUUAGGAACUCAAUUCAUCGAAUGCUAGGGGGACAGCGUCAGUGCAUUUUUAGCUGCUUGUGCUCCCAAGAAGCCUGAUUUCGUGAUUUAUGGAUGAUCUGAAAUUUUCCCGUUUCUUCUCUCCGUUUGGUCGUUGGAUAUGUAGCGUUUGUUUUUGUUUUUUCUCUCACAAUUUAGUUGCUUGUUAUUCUUUAGGUCUCCGGUUGGUGUGAGAUUGCAUUUUUGACUUCCUUUCCCGUUCGAUUAUUUAACCAUUUAUUUCAAAAGAGAAAUUAGGGGGCUUGCGUUUGUUAACUUUCUAGGCUGUAUUGUUUGGAAGAGAAUGAGAAGUGUGCAGAGCAGAGUGUAAAAAGCAGACCACUUCUACUUGUUUUGAUAAUAAAGUGUGUUCUUUUAUUUGUAA